UCCCCGACUCGGACAACUCCGGUGCAGCAAGUCUUUGGAGAAGUUUCUGCCCUGAGCACGCUUCUUUCCGUUGCGUACCUGGUACUGAGCGCAUUCAGAACCCACCAGCGGGUAAAAGAGGAGCUGUGACAACAUUCUGUGAAAAGGAGCUGACUCUCAAAGGUGAGUGGCAUACAAUUCCACUAUCUUGCCAAGUUUUGACUGAAAUUUCAGUAAUGUCGAUGAGUUUCGAGAUGGAAGAUGUUCCCUUGGCUCAGUAUGCAGAUGACGGCCUUAGUGCAAACGAGUGCUGGCCUUCGAUAUUGGUUGAUGAUCCAUCAUACGCACUUCUUAACACAGAUCCUUACUUCGCCCGCAACGGAAGAGCUCCUAAUGCUGCUCUAUGGGCAGCAGCACCGAGCCCGAAUCUGAUUGGAAACAAAAGCCCUCCGUUUGGUAAGCGAGACCUGGACCCAAGUGAAUUUCUUGUCGAUACAGGUAACUCCUCCCGGCGACUUACUCCAGGCGAGCUUAAAAACCUCGCCGACAACAUCAUGCUCCAGGAGCAUGAGGAUGCAUUGGAUAUGCUGAACGAGCAGAUGGAAAAUUCAGGCUACGUUGAUUGCGUUGGAGAAAACUGCGCCACUCAACUGACACCAAUGAUGCGGGUAAAAACUCCAACCGCCUAUCCCACAAUGACAGCACCUGUGCUAGUGGAUGCGACUGCGACUGCGGUCACAUCGCCUUUGGAUUCUCUGCCAACCCAGGGUAGCGUUGCUUUCAGUCGAUCAGGUCCAAUUAUACCAGCUGGCCCAGCAGUCACCGCUGCUGUUCAGCACGAUGGCCUGAAAUUUCUCAGAAAUGAAUAGAAAUGGAUCUUGUAAAUCGUAAUUAUUAAUACUAAACUAAAUACCAUGACAAACCGAG